AUGCAUCGUCGUGGAGUUUACCGUGCGGCAAAACUGCCAAGAGGCCAAGGCGCGAUCGGCACCAAUUGGGUGUUCAAGAUCAAGCGCAAAGCGGAUGGAUCGGUCGAGAAAUACAAGGCGCGUCUCGUUGCCAAGAGCUUCAAGCAGAAGUACGGCAUCGACUACACAGAGGCGUUCUCGCCCGUGGUCAAGUACGUGACACUGCGCAUGGUGAUCGCGAUCACCAAGUAUUUCGACUGGCUACUGGACCAACUCGAUGUGGUGACAGCCUUUCUCUACGGAGUGAUGAAGGAGAAGGUGUACUGCGUGACACCAGAAGGCGUCGAGAUGGAUGGCGACUUCGACUGUCUCGAGUUAGUGAAGGCGAUCUACGGUCUCAAGCAAGCUUCACGUGUGUGGAACGAGACUUUCGACGAGUUCGUAUGCUCUAUCGGUUUUAAAGUGUCGGCGUUCGACCCAUGUCUCUACAUCAAGGUUGUCGACGGUCAUUGUGUGCUCGUGCUGGUCUACGUGGAUGACGUGUUGGUCACCGGCAGCUCGCUCGAGUUGAUUGCGCAGACGAAGGCCGACCUCAAGACGCGUUUCGAGAUGACCGACAGUGGCAAGUGUACUUUUGUACUGGGCAUCGAACUGGUGGAUGAAUCGGAUGGCAGCGUGACGAUGUGCCAGCGACGGUAUGUCAACGAUAUCCUCAAGUGCUUCGGCAUGGAUGAGUGCAAGGCCACAGCAAGUCCGGUCGACUUGAGCACUCGGCUUGUCGCAAGCAGCGAAGCGGCCAAGAUCGACUACGUCUCGCGCUUCAUGGAGAAUCCGCAGCAAGAACAUGGGACGGCGGUGAAGCGCAUCUUUCGUUACUUGCAAGGGACCAAGUCGCACGGACUCCGCUUCCAGCCAAGCGACAAGAUCGACUUUCGUGGCUACUCGGACGCGGACUGGGCCGGCGACCACGCUGAUCGCAAGUCGACUUCGGGUUACACUUUCAUGCUGAUGGGUGCUCCUGUGAGUUGGGGAAGCAAGAAGCAGUCAAAUGUGUCGCUGUCGACGAGUGAAGCGGAAUACAUCGCAAUGAGUCUGGCCAUCCAGGAAGGCAAGUGGGUGCAUCGAUUGCUAUGCGAAAUUUUGGCGGCCGCAAACGAACCAGGACCGGACCUCGUCAUCCGUGAAGACAACCAGUCGUGCAUCAAGAUGACGAAGAAUCCGGUGAAUCAUGGCCGCGCCAAGCACAUCGACAUCAAGUACCAUCACAUCCGUGAUGAGGUCAAGCGCGGUGAAGUGCAGCUCGAGUAUUGCGAGACUUCCGUGAUGAUGGCGGACAUCAUGACCAAGGGACUUUCGGGACCUCGCCAAAAGGACUUGACGACGGCUCUCGGCAUUCGUGCGAGUUCGGCUUGA